AUAUUAUUUCAACACGAAUACAAUUUCGAUUCCCACCAAAUUCCGCACAUAAUCUAAAGUUCACAAGAACUCUAGAUUAACCCUCUUUUUCACGUUUUCAAAAGAAACAAAAAAAAGUUUUAAAUUUGUAACAAAGUCUAUUCACCCCCCCCUCUAGACUUUGUAUCUCACCACUUUGGGACCACCAAUUGGUAUCAGAGCUUACUUCUCACUAUCUACUUUUAGAUUAACGAGAAGCGAUCAUAAUGGUGAACAAUAUGGAUCACGGUUUGCCCAAGUUUUCUCUUCUAGGUUAUGAUGAUUGGAAGAUCAUGAUGGAAGCACAUCUCUACGCUCUACAUGAUUGCAUGUGGAUGGUGCUUGAGGAUGGACCCUUGAAAAUCCAAAUGGAGAACCCAGAGAGGAAUCCAGCUGCUCCAGAUGUAGUCCAGUACAUUCCAAAGCCCAAGGAAAAAUGGGAUGAUAGAGAUUGGAAAAAGCACAAUCUGGACAACGUCGCCAAAGCACUCAUCUUCAAGACACUUGAUCCCAUCACCUUCUCCAAGAUUAAGCACCUCAAGACUGCCAUGGAGAUUUGGCAAAGUCUUGGGAAGCUAUGUGAGGGAUCAGAAGACCUGAGAAAGCAGAAGAUAGAAGUCCUGCUUGAGAAGUUCAAAAGCUUCAAAAUGCUUCCUGGAGAAUCAUUUGAUAUGUUGGAUGAAAGAUUCCACAAGAUAUUGAAUGAUCUUGCUUCACUUAACCACAUUCUUUCUCCCAAAGAAAAGAAUGUAAGGUUGUUGAGAUUACUCCCAACUGAGUUGUACACCAAAGCCACAACCAUGGAAGAAGGAAGAAACCUGGAGAACUACACUUUUCAAGUUAGUACUGGAAUGGCAAAAGAUCAGUCAAGGAAAGGUUCCUUUGAUGACUGUCUUCAUAAUCACUCACCUGAGAAGGGACUUGCCAUGCUUAUCGAAGAAAUCCAUUAUACCAAUAUGCAGGAGAUGGUGCCAGAUACCAGAGAUUAUGGAUACCACUCUGAGGAUGGAAAAAGUAGUGAUAUUCUUGAUCAAUCUACAUUAAGACAUCCAAGAGUUAUUGAACCCAUUGUUUCAGCUGACCAGAUUCACUUCUACAAUAACCCCAAGACAUUCAAUGACUACAGACCCAUCUCCUUAUCCACUUUUAUGAGCAAGAUCAACACUAGAAUUCUUGCUGACAGAAUCCAUCUUCUGCUUUCCAAAAUGAUCUCCCCUGAACAGACUGGGUUUCAAAAAGGAAUGGGAGUGGAUGAACAGAUUCUUUUGGUGGAGGAAAUGGUCCACAAGCUAGAUUACAAGGUUAGAGGGGAUAAUGUUAUCCUAAAGAUUGAUAUGGCUAAGGCAUUUGAUAAACUGGAGUGGCAAUACAUUCAAGGAGUUCUAGGCAAAGUGGGCUUCUCUUCUCAAGCACAACACCUUUUAAUGGCAAAUAUUAACUCUACAUACUUAUCUCUACUGAUUAAUGGCAGUCCAAGAGGAUUCUUCAAAAUGAAAAGAGGGGUCAAGCAAGGGGACCCCCUCUCUCCUCUGCUAUUUAUCAUAGCAAGUGAAGGUCUGUCUAGGGCUCUAAAAUUCUAUAUGUCCACAGGUUAUAUUACAAACUUCAACACUGGAGGAGGGAAACUGAUCAGCCAUUUGGCAUAUGCAGUUGAUGUUAUCAUUUUUUGUAAUAGUCAAAGCAACAACCUGAUCAAAGUAAAGGAGAUCCUCAAGAAAUACCAAGAAGCAUCAGGCCAAGAGAUUAAUUAUAAUAAGAGCAGAUUUUAUUGUGGUAAAGGAGUUAACACAUAUACAACCCUUCAGAUGGAAAGAAUUCUGGGCAUGAAAAAAGGCACACUACGUUUCAAGUACUUGGGGACCCCAAUAUGUAAAGGGAUGCUUAAGAAAGGGGACUGUGGAGAUCUAAUCACUCACUUUAGCAACUACAUUGAGAAAUGGUACAGCAAGACCCUCAGUCAGAUGGGGAGAUUAAUUCUUAUUAAACAUGUCUUGUGUACCAUUCCUCUCCACUACAUGGCAGUCCACUCUUUACCCAAAUCAGUUAUAAACAAGCUUCAACAGAUGAUGACAACUUUCUUUUGGGGACACACCAAUAACAAAAAGAGAUACCACUGGACAAAAUGGGAGAACAUUUGCCUACCCAAGGAAGAAGGAGGACUGGGAAUCAGAGACUUAGAGGAGCUGCAGUUUGCCUACUCUAUCAAACUUUGGUGGAACUUCAGAUUCAACAACAACAAUUGUGCCCAAUUCAUGAGAGCAAAAUACAGUACUCAGAACUUCUCUGAGAAACUAACUGAUUCUCCCAUCAGAAAAAGGAUUUGCAGAAUUAACGACUCAGCUGAAGAAUUCAUGGGAGACAUCACACCUUACAGAGAAGAUGAAGAUGAAAUAUAGGUCAUCCCCAUCUCCAUUAAGGAAGCCUAUAAUCACAACAGAAACCACUCAACUCUGCAAAUAAGUGAUAAAUUUAACUGGAACAAAUUGCAGCUACCUAAAAUUCAGAUCUUUCUUUGGAAAGUCAACUGUUGGGAAAAAUAUCAUAGAUUUUGAUGAUGAUGUAUUUAGAAUGUAAUAGGGACUUUAGGUCUCCCCAAAUAUUCAAUGUAAUUUUUCUUUUUAGAAAUAUUGUUAAAACCAAGUUCUUGAGAUUUCCAAUAAAGUUGUGAUAUUUCUUUAAGCGGUUUGAUGCCUGAAGACUUAAUCAAAUUUAGUAAUUUGG